CGUUAAAAUGUCAGUAAUUGACCCAAAUGCUGAAGACACAAGCUGGAUGUUGAAACCAUUAAAAAGGUUGCGGAAGAAAAAGUUUGCAUGCAAUUGGGCGACGAAACUUAUUACAUUGUUGGUACAAAAUGACACAUCAUGGGAAAAGACUGAAUCAAGGUUAUCAAAGAACAAAGAAAAGUUUCACCAAUAUGGAAAGAGUUCAUCUACUUCUCAACAAGAAGAUAUCGCAACAGCUUUCGAAUCUGCUAUGCGCUUGCCAGAUACUCCAUUAAUGUUAGCAACGAAACACGGGUGUACAGAGAUUGUUGUGGAAAUACUAGAGCAAUACCCACAAGCAAUAGAACAUAUUGAUCAAGAUGGGCAUAAUAUUCUACAUGUAGCAAUCUUACAUCGUAACCUUGAAGUCCUUGAUUAUGUAGUUAGUACAGAGUAUGCAACAGAGAGAUUGAGAGGAAAGAUAGAUCAUGAUGCAAACACGUUGUUGCAUAUGGUUGGUGAAGAGGAAGAAGAUGGUGAUGCUGAUUUGAAAGGUCCUGCUUACGUUCUCCAAGAUAAUAUACGGCUGUUUAAGAAAGUGGAGAAGCUAUGUACUACACUGGAUCGAUUUAAACUGAAUUCUAGAACAAAGACUGUUGAACAGUUAUUUUAUGAGAAUAACAACAACCGUCGGGCACAGGCUAAAGAAUGGAUGAUCGAGAAUGCAAAGAAUUACAGUGUUGUCGCAGUGUUGAUCGCUACUGUUGCUUUUGCUGCUGAGUAUACCGUACCUGGAGGUUCAAAUCCAAAAGUGGGUGAACCAGUUCUCAAGGAAAAACCUUUGUUUAAGUUUUUUACUAUAGCAGAUGCAAUGUCUCUGUCAGCAGCUUUAACAUCAGUUAUCAUGUUUCUCAACGUUAUCACAUCAUCAUACCGGUUUAAGGAUUUUGAGAAAGCACUUCUUCGUAAAAUGAAUGCUGGAAUUACGAUGUUGAUGAUCUCACUUGCGAUGUUAAUGGUUGCAUUUGCGGCAACACUUAUUCUAACCAUUAGUGGUGGGAAGAAGUGGACUGACAUCACCUUAUAUGCCAUUUCAUUCUUCCCGGUGGUUAUUUUCACAAUUACGUAUUUGGGUAUUGAAAAGAUAGACCUUUCAAAUAUUUACGGGUUUUUCAAACGCAAGUUGAAACACAUGAUUUCACACUUUUUUAACCAGAAUCCAAAACCCACAGUCUGGUAUUCUGGACAACAGAACACUUCUACUCACCGUCCAUCGGUUAUUUGAGAUGAUCACCGGUUUGAUUUCAUUUUCUAAUUAGUUUGUUAAUUAAUAAUAUGCCUUUGUUAUCAUGGCAAUGAGUUUGUAAUGACUGUGUGAGAAAUAUUGUAUUAUAGAUACUAAUAAAUGGAGUGACUGAUUUACAUUUGUGUUUGGUUUU